AAUGGGGCCGGGGCGGGAGAUUUGAAAAGUCCUUGGCCAGGGCGCGGCGUGGCAGAUUCAGUUGUUUGCGGGCGGCCGGGAGAGUAGCAGUGCCUUGGACCCCAGCUCUCCUCCCCCUUUCCCUCUAAGGAUGGCCCAGAAGGAGAACGCCUACCCCUGGCCCUACGGCCGGCAGACGCCACAUCCUGUCAGGUGCUGCCAACGUGAAUCUGACCAGCCAGUGACUCCCAGCCGCACAUUCCACCCCGGUCAUCAGACAAAGGCACCCUCAGAGCUACCCCCUGCUCCUUCUCAGGCUCCAUCUGGCCUGAGCACCCUGCCCCAGCGAGUCCUCCGGAAAGAGCCUGUCACCCCAUCUGCACUUGUCCUCAUGAGCCGCUGCAAUGUCCAGCCCACAGCUGCCCCUGGCCAGAAGGUGAUGGAGAAUAGCAGUGGGACACCCAACAUCUUAACGCGGCACUUCACAAUUGAUGACUUUGAGAUUGGGCGUCCUCUGGGCAAAGGCAAGUUUGGAAACGUGUACUUGGCUCGGGAGAAGAAAAGCCAUUUCAUCGUGGCGCUCAAGGUCCUCUUCAAGUCCCAGAUAGAGAAGGAGGGCGUGGAGCAUCAGCUGCGCAGAGAGAUCGAAAUCCAGGCCCACCUGCACCAUCCCAACAUCCUGCGUCUCUACAACUAUUUUUAUGACCGGAGGAGGAUCUACUUGAUUCUAGAGUAUGCCCCCCGCGGGGAGCUCUACAAGGAGCUGCAGAAGAGCCGCACAUUUGACGAGCAGCGAACAGCCACGAUCAUGGAGGAGUUGGCAGAUGCUCUAAUGUACUGCCAUGGGAAGAAGGUGAUUCACAGAGACAUAAAGCCAGAAAAUCUGCUCUUAGGGCUCAAGGGAGAGCUGAAGAUUGCUGACUUCGGCUGGUCUGUGCAUGCUCCCUCCCUGAGGAGGAAGACAAUGUGUGGCACCCUGGACUACCUGCCCCCAGAGAUGAUUGAGGGGCGCACGCACAAUGAGAAGGUGGAUCUGUGGUGCAUUGGAGUGCUUUGCUAUGAGCUGCUGGUGGGGAACCCACCCUUUGAGAGUGCAUCACACAAUGAGACCUAUCGCCGCAUCGUCAAGGUGGACCUAAAGUUCCCCGCUUCUGUGCCCACGGGAGCCCAGGACCUCAUCUCCAAACUGCUCAGGCAUAACCCCUCGGAACGGCUGCCCCUGGCCCAGGUCUCAGCCCACCCUUGGGUCCGGGCCAACUCUCGGAGGGUGCUGCCUCCCUCUGCCCUUCAAUCUGUCGCCUGAUGGUCCCUGUCAUUCACUCGGGUGUGUGUGUUUGUAUGUCUGUGUAUGUAUAGGGGAAAGAAGGGAUCCUGAACUGUUCCCUUAUCUGUUUUCUACCUCCUCCUUUGUUUAAUAAAGGCUGAAGCUUUUUGUA